AUGGAAAUUUGUGCUAAUCACGGAUUAAUGCAUGUUGGAAAUUGCAGCAUGGAGGACAUAAGUGUCACGGUCACUGGUUCAACCACGACAAGUACGAACACAGUCCAUCCUAGUGUAAACGAUAUGGACUGGUUCGCCGGUGUCGCCGAGGAAGAAUUGUUGUAUUACACCGGUGUCGGCAACGACGUCGAUUCCUUGUGGGCUGUUAUUGGAAGCUUUGUACCCCCGCCACCUAGACCACCUUAUCUACCCGAAGAGAGCAUCGCUACCGAUGGACUCACUACUUGCGAUUUAUGUUCGUGGGCAUGGAGGAACGACAGGCAUUCUUUUUCUCUGGAUGGCACCCUUGAAGCUCCUGGAGAACUUGGAUGGGUGCUGACUCUUGUGAUAGUGUCUUUAGUAUCAGCUGGUAUCGGUGCAGUAGUGAUGAUGACUCUUCUCCAUUGUCGAAGGAUAAAAAGUGCUGGUGGCAGAGCGAGUUGUUGCGGUGUCGGCGUUGAAGAUUCGAGUGUGCCCGAUGCCGGUGGGCCUACGGGGGCGGGUGGUACCGGCGGCGGGGUGGCUGUCAUACCCGAUCGACCACCUCUCGAAUUAGACAAAUUACCGCCUUAUCACGACGUAGCGCCUAGUCCCGGACACAACGUGUGGUCGUGGCUGGGCUCUCGACGAGGCGGUGGCACCCCGGGAGUCGUCACGACGCCGCUCUCCCUUCCUCAGCACCGACGGGCGAUGAAUCUCCCAGUCGAGAAUCACUACACCCACAUGCAAACCGACGAGGCUCUAUACGCGGAACUGGACUCGCAAGCCGCGAGCUACGCGAGCGAUCUACAGUUACAAAUGAGAGGAAGUUCGACGUACGGUACGACUUCCGGCGGUCAGGACGACGAAUAUCACGAACUGGACGCUGCCAGAUUACAUCGUCAUUAUGGAGGUAGCGACGGAUCGCUACAGACAGAUACACUUCGUACUCGACAUAGUAAAAGGAUACAAGAGCCAGACUACGAGAUGUACGAGAAUGGACCGUCAACGCCAGUACCACCGAGUCAACAUCAACAUCAUCAUCGCCAUCAUCAUCACCACAAUCAUCACCAUCAUCAUCAGGAAUUGAGGCUCGGUAGCAGAAAUAGUGAGCAUCCGUCAUACCAGAACACGGCCUACACCGGAAGUGACGCCGAACCGGAUGGGCCAACGCUGAGCAGUGCUCCCAGCAGUGCCUAUUAUAGCGAUCUCAGCUCGAAUUCGACGAAUCAGCAGAUGCCGACAGUGACAGUACCGUCUGCAACAGCAACGACAACGACGACGAUAACAACAACAACAAAUUUGCACUUAAAUCCACAGAAUCUGGACACGCCACAGUACAGACUAGCGGCAAUCAACGAGAACACAGUGCCUUCGGAUUAUAUUUAAGAGAUGAUCCUUUCAAAA